CCUCACUCGUCUUCGCCAAAUCCUCUCUCUCGUUCUCUCUCCCUCUCCCCCACAAUCGCCAUUGAAGGUUCCCUCUCUCUCUCUCUCUCUCCCCCUCCCCCAAUAAGAGGAAAGAGAGAAACCAUCUCUGAAGCAACAUUUCGAUCUUCUCCUCUCUCGUUGUGUUAAAUUUGCUUGUCGUAAACCAAUGGAAGACCAAUCUUCCGAAUCCUCGAAAGAAGACUCAGAAACAGAGCACAUUGGAGACGAAAUCCAGUGCCAAGUAGGAAGCGGCAAGAAUAAUCCAGCUAAUAGUGAUACCGAACUUAUACCGAAGUUGGGUAUGGUAUUUGGGUCUGAGGAAGAAGCUUUACAGUUUUAUAUGGGAUAUGCCUAUCGCACAGGGUUUGGAAUAGUUAGAAGGUCAAAUAAUACAAUUGAAGGGUAUGUAUACCGUACUACAUUUAUAUGUCACAAGGGAGGUAAGUCUAGGGUCAAAAAAGAGAUUACCAGACCUCCAAGAAAGCAAGCAAGCAAGACUGGUUGCAAAGCUAAAAUGAUCAUUAAAGAUCAUCAUUUUCAAAACCGUUGGGAGGUGGUUGUUGUCGAAUUGGAGCACAACCAUCCACUUGAGCCUAACAUUGUUAAGUUCAUGAAUUGUUUUAAGAAGUCUCCUUUUUUUGGAAAAAAGCAGCUCCUGAUUGGAGACAGCAAGGAUGCUCCUCCAAGCAACUCUGUUGAUGCCGUGUCUGUUCAAGGUUCAUCUACUCAAAGAGAUUCCAGAAUUGAGAUAGGAAAUAUUAGAAAAUUAGAGCUUGAGGAAGGGGAUUUAGAAGUCCUUUUAAGUUACUUCGACAAAAUGCAAGAUCAAAAUCCAUAUUUCUUUUACAGUUUGGAUAUGAAUGAAGAAGGCCAGCUUAGAAAUGUUUUUUGGGCCGAUGCUCGAUCUAGAGGUUCAUAUAGUUACUAUGGAGACGUCGUCAAAGUUAGCGUGGCAAACUUCACAGAUCUGAGCAACGUGUUGUUUAUCACAUUUACUGGAGUGAACCACCAUGGUCAGGAGGUGUUAUUGGCCUGUGGUCUGGUUACGGAUAGAACUUUCCAAACCUAUACGUGGCUUUUUAAUAAAUUUUUAAGAUGCAUGAAUGAUAGACCACCAAAUGCGAUAAUAACUGAUCAUUGUCAGAACAUAGUUACAGCUAUUAGAAAGGUUUUUCCCCAUGUGCAGCAUAGGUUUUGCCUUUGGAGCAUUUUGAAAGCGCUUCCUGAGAAGUUAAGGGGAGUGGAAGAGAUGGAGGCAAUAGGUCUCAAAUUCCAACGUGUGGUUUAUGAUUCACUGUUAAUUCCUGAUUUUGAAAAAGAAUGGCAAGAAAUGAUCGGGCAAUUCAAGCUCGAAGGUAAUGAAUGGUUCUCCAAUUUAUAUGAAAUUAGGGAGCAUUGGGCGCCCGUGUUUGUGAAGGAUACAUUCUGGGCAGGCAUGUCUAUCACUGAGAGAGGUGACAGCAUUAGUAGCGUUUCCGAUGGAUGGUCGACAAGCAAAACUUCAUUGCAAAUGUUUCUUGAACGGUAUGAUGAUGGUAUUAAAAGUAUAUUUGAGAAAGAAGCUUAUGAAGAAUUUCGUUCAAUUCAAAUGAGGCCACAGUUGCUAACUGGUUUUCCUUUUGAGGAACAAGUAUCACGAGUUUAUACGGUAAGCAUCUUCGAAAAGUUCCAGUGUGAAGUAAAGCAUUUAUUCCAAGUUAGCAGUAAUGUACUCAAUAGAAGGGGUUCCGUAGUUUCAUAUGUAGUCACAGAGUUUGUAAAUGGAAAGAAGAUUGAUUACCGAGUGGCCUAUGACAAUGUCGAGGAUGAUAUAUGGUGCAUUUGCAGGUCAUUCCAGCACAGAGGUAUUUUGUGCAGGCAUGCUCUGUCUGUAUUGAGACAAGAGCUUGUGAUGUUAAUUCCAUCAAAAUACAUUAUCACUCGUUGGCGGAACGAUUUUAAGCGCUUACAAGCAUCUAUUGCUUCACCUUUCGUAGCACCUGCUCAGGAACUGGGAAGCUUUGACGAUCUGUAUAGGCAUACCCAUCGAUAUUUUCUGGAAAUCGUGGAAAUCGGAGCCACUAACCUUGGUUCUAAGGAGUAUGCUUUAUCGAUGAUGAAGGAGGUUAAAGAUAAGGUAAUAGCAUUCGAGAAGUCAUUGCGAGAUCAGAGAAUUAACAGUGAGAUUGGAUCAACAGGUUAUUCCUAUAAUCCAAUCAAUGAGGAUUUUGCGGAUGAUCGACCACCUGCCAUUGUAAAUACCAAGGGUUGGGAACCUUCACAAGCACAUUCAAAAGGUCGCUCGCGGAAGAAGAAACCCACUGGUCUGAGGGGAGCUGUUCUUAACCCUCUGAAUAAGAAUAAGACGACUUCCGAAAGAAAGAGGAGAAACACUUCAAGCAACUUGAACCCGAGGAAUAAUGAUAGUACUAUGAAUAAUGACGCCCAUGUGCAACAUGAACAACUCCAUGAGGGGUGGGCACUACCUCCUAGCGGGACGCAGGAAAGCUUUCCGUAUGGGGUAGAAACCAUCUCCUUCGAUUUGUCGCAGUACAAUGCUGCUCGUAAUUUUCAGUGGCCUGAAAGUAGCCGGUUUCGGAUUUUCUGGAAGGAGCCUUAACUUCCCAAAUCCAGCAACUUUUGACAACUUAAUGACUUGGCCUGAAGAUCUCAGCAAGUAUUUUGUCGGCCAGUUUGUGAAGUUUCUCGCCUUCUGGCGCUCCCAACUCUUCUUUGGUGGUAGGAACUCAACGCGAUGUCGGAUGAGCCUAGUUUGGCUAGGAGUCUAUAUAUAGAUUGUAAAGUCCUCCCUGUCCAUACAGUUUUUGUAUAAUUUAUCCAUAGUUGUCAUCUUAUUGCAAGGUUUGUCAAUCUAAAUUUCAAAUAUGUUACUCUAACCUGCUUGAUUAUGUUGAUGCUGUUGUAUGCACCAAAUCAAAGUUGGGUAUACAGGGUUUAAGGCGGGUUAAUGCAGGGUUUAAAGUGGGUUAAUGUUGUGGUACACUAAUUUCUGUAAAAAAUCAAGCUUGAAAACAGUACUUGUCAAUUGCCAUGGUUGGAACCAAGGUUUUUACUA